CAGCUUGGCUCUGUGGCUCUCCACCACUAAUCUCAGAUUUCCCCCUCACCUUUCUCUAUCAUUAAAAAGCUCCCCUAUGCUCAUGACUCAAAGCCAUCAUCAAUCCCUUCCUCCAACUAAAAGGACAGCAUUCAUUUCGCCCAAAAACCAUGCAGCAGCCACAAAAAUUGCCCAGAAAGAGAGUACCCAUUUUCCACAAGGUCUCAAAUCUUCUUAGAAUAUCCAUUCCUUUUUCUAAAAUGAGGAAACCUGUCAUUCCCAAUCUCAUUUUCCUCAAAAAACCAAGAAAUCUUAAAAGGUUCAUGUUACUCGAGCAGUAUAACAGCUAUGGGUUUCUCAAGGAUUAUGAGUUCUCUCCUUCGAGUACUCCCCUAAUUCGUUGCUACAAAAAACCGUUCAAGAAUGGUAGUUAUAGAGAUAAUGUGUACUCCAUGUUCCUCUGUAAAUGCUUGGGUGGACUGAAAGCUGAUGGAGGAGAAGUAGUAGAUUAUGCGUUGCCAUUGCCUGUAGCUGUUUCCCAUGCGGAAUAUCUGCAGCCAUUGGAUUCAGGGGAUGAUCAGGAAGAGUCGGUUGAUCAAAGGGCUGAGAGGUUCAUUGAGUGGUUUCGCCAAGAGAUGAGAAUGCAGAGACAGGAAUCAAUUUAGCUAUGAUACAGAUAUUUGCAGCAGUGGCGUUCAGAAAUAUUUUGAUCCAAAUUCUUUAAUUUGAUUAUUGUUCUAAUUAAUGGUUCUGAUGGUCUCCACAAAA